AUGUGCCGCCCGUUGGCGCACCAGCAAAAACGGUGUCUACUCGACGGUCAUGUUGCUGGGACGGGAAAAAAUGGAGUGGUGGCUUUUGCUGGUGUCGGCCAGAACUUUUCGAUCUCGGGUGGCACGGAGAAAACGACAGGUGAGGGAGGGGGUUACGUACGUAGAGCUAACAUGAGUGGCCGGUACUCUGAGCCGUGGGUACUAGGAGGGGAGCGUGUGUGCGACUGCCGGUACGGUGGUGCAGUAUUGGAUCGGCGAAGACUGAGGCGCGCGGAAUAG